ACUGUCAUUCUCUACUAAGUAAACGUCAUUUUAAAUUCAAUUUCGCGUUUUCCAAUUUGCCCUGCCACCAGUUUUUCUGUUGAUGUGUACCUUUAUCACCUAUGUUGGUCUUUUUCUGAAACUCAUGGCUUCGUACAGCUUCGUCUUAUUUUGUAUAAAGUCAUUCCUGUGGUAGAGUAGUCGUAAGAACCAUCGCGAUCGCGAUUGGGGUCCUGUAUUUUUACUACCUGCUGAGAAAUGAAAAAGAUUAUUUUAUGUUUUUACCAAAAAGGAGAAUAAAAGUGAUUUAAGCUAUUACUAGAUCUUAGAAAAGGCUUAUAUAAAUACAUACAUGUUAGCCUAGUUGUUAGGUAAAUAAGUAAAAGUAAAAUGUCUGGGAAGAAGUGUAAGCACUGUGGGUCCUCGGACAUCGAGGUGGACCCGGCCCGCGGUGAUGCAGUAUGUACGAAUUGCGGUUCUGUGUUAGAAGACAAUAUUAUUGUAGCAGAAAUAGAAUUUCAAGAGAAUGCCCAUGGUGGAGCAUCUACUAUUGGACAGUUUGUGUCUGCUGAGUCUAAAGGAGGAGCUACAGGUUUUGGAAGAGCAUUCAAUGUUGGUAUCGGCCAGGAGUCCAGAGAGGUGACACUGAGGAAAGCCCGAGAAGGCAUCACGGCUCUGUGCCAGCAACUGCGCCUCAACCAGCAGUGUAUAGACAUUGCCUGCAACUUCUACAAGAUGGCGCUGUCCCGACACUUGACUAUUGGACGGCCCUCCAGUCAUACUCAAGCUGCCUGUGUGUAUAUGACAUGCAGAACUGAAGGCACAGCCCACCUGUUGAUUGACGUCAGUGAUGCAGUACCAAUCUGCUGCUACCAAGUCGGCCGAACAUAUUUCAAGCUAUCCAGAGCCUUGUGCAUCAACAUCCCACCAACUGAUCCAUGUCUCUAUAUCCUGCGGUUCUCAUCACAGCUGCAGUUCGCGGAGAAGUCACACGAGGUCAGCAUGACUGCGCUGCGACUCGUCCAGCGGAUGAAGAGAGACUCUAUACACUCUGGCCGAAGACCCUCUGGUAUUUGUGGAGCUGCGCUGCUCAUAGCGGCUCGGCUCCACGAAUUCAACCGAACGCCCGCCGAUGUUGUCCGAAUAGUCAAAGUUCACGAGUCUACACUACGCAAAAGACUCCUAGAGUUCGGAGACACGCCUUCCAGUGCUCUCACUCUUGAGGAGUUCAUGACAGUGGACUUGGAAGAGGAGCAGGACCCACCAGCCUUCAGAGCCGCGAGGAAGAGGGAUAAGGAGCGGUUACAAAAGUUAAUGGAAGAAGAGGAUGGAGAAAAGGAACUGACAGACUUGCAGAAGGAGAUAGAACAUCAACUAGAAAACGAUAGCAAUAGAAGAAGAAAAGUAGCAGCUGUUAUUGGGGCAUCUACUACUGUGUUAGGAAUUGAUGAAAAUUCACAAGAAGACGCAGAAGCCUCUAGAUUUGCCGCAGAAGAUGCAUUGGACCGCAUCGGAGAAAUAGCGAAAGACGUGCAAUAUAAGGAGCCUAUAGAUGGACCCAGCUAUAGUGAAAAGCCGAGACAUGAAAAAGGACUAGGGCCAGAUUUAGCCGUGAUAGGUCUAGGCGGGCCCAGCUCAGAAGACAAAUCAGACAAGUUUGUACGCCCAGAACCGAAGCAGAAAGACCUACAUAAUGCCCACGAGUUGGUGCUUGAUCAGAAAGCUGAAGAGUAUAUCAAUUCCCUUAUAAUGAGUGAGGAAGAGGUUAAGCAUAAGGCCAUGUUGUGGCAUAAGAUUAAUGCUGGCUAUUUGAAGGAGCAGAAGAUAAAAGAAGAGCUUCGUGCCAAAGAACGAGAGGAAAAUAAGGACAAAAAGAAGAAACUUCGCGGUUCUUACAAGAAGCGGACUCCGUGCAACGCAGCAACUGCUGGGGAGGCCAUUGAGAAGAUGAUUGCUGAAAAGAAGAUUAGUUCUAAGAUUAAUUAUGAUAUUCUAAAGAGUUUGGACAAUCCAGGGGGUACGGUACCACCUGCAACGCCUAAGCAGACUGUUGUUGUUGAAUCCAAGCAAGCGACGCCAUCGCCCGCAGUGCCGGCGUCCCCCGUCCCGCGGAAACGCAAGAAGAAGACUCCCACCGCCGCGUCCCCCGCGCCCGCGCCACGCACACCCGCCACUCCCGUGCCGCCUACACCGCAGCCUGUUGCUGACAUAGCAGAUGAUUACGAAGACGAAAUAGAACCGGAGCCAGUGGACGCCGGCGACGAGCUCUCUCUAGCCGCCAUGCUACAGAACGGACAAGACGACGAUUAUUAUGACUACGAAGAAUAUUGAUAUACAUAACACAAAACCCGUUGUCUAUGACGGGAACAAAUUUACUUAUGACCAUUCCCAAUAUUCUCUAUCUGUUGAUUUGCUUCCCAGAGCUUCUUUUUUUAACAAUGGCAAAAAUCAUCAAAUGAGCUGUGGGUUAGCAGCGGUGAGGGAGUGUCACACUUUUGCUGACUGUGGCUGCGGGAUAGUUUGAAAGAGUUACCGCGGCCCUGGUACAUACGGGGCUUAAGAAUCAAAAUCAAUUUGUUUUUAUUUCAAAUAGGCCUAUGCAGGCUCUUAUGAAACGUCGAAUUAAUUGCACGGUUCCAAAAAGUUGGUCUCAUGGAGAAGAGCCGGCAAGAAACUCCAUAGACACUCUUUUAAAAAAAGAAGAAAGCAGAAACAAAAUGUGUUUAAGCAAAACAACAGAUGGAUAGAAUAUUGGGAUUGGACGAUAUUUUAUUUCGAAUGUAGAACUUUCUGGGAAGUCGAGUUAUGAGCCAUUAAUAUUGUCUAUGGAUGCGGCAGUAAUAGAGCCUCCUUGCUGCCGAGAUAUUCCGCAGAAAAACAGGUUGUUAAAAAUCCUAUGUAAUCCUAAAAUAUUACAAUUUGUCAUAUAUCUUUACAGAGCCAGAAAUCAGGAAAUAAGUACAACAUACUCUUUUUUUCUAUAUAAGUUUUAAGCAUAACACAUAGUAUCAGUUUACUAGGAUCUCUUUGGUUUAGAUGGGAUUUUUAACACUAAUGUAAUAUAUGAAGAAUGAACUUAAAACUAAAACAUAGUUUAAAAAACUAAAAAACACGGUUGACAUGUAUUGUCAUCAAAACUCAGACCGUGUGCAAAAGUUCAUCUUAAUCUAAGACCUGGAAGUGUGUCAAAUUAAGAUUCCAAGAUUUUCUUACAUACAUAGUUACAAGUGAAGCUAAUAUUACAUGCAACUGCCUAUCUGGCCUCCUCAAUUCAGAAAGGCUGAAACUGAAGCCACUGCCGAACAUUCGGUUUUGGCUGGAAACCCAGUUUCGGUCGGAAUAUAGUAAAUAUCUUAUUAAAAAUAUAAAUAAUUGCUUAAAAAAGAGUUCAAUAAGAUAUAAGUGGGGCGCCUCAGGAUUUGUUAUUGUAUCGAAAAACAGUUUGACUCGGAGAAAUAGCCAAAUUCGUUAGUUUCCGAUUUUUAUAGUAAAUAGUCUGUAACUGGUAAUUUAUUAUACAAUUUCAUAGUAUAUAGCAGUUUAUAGCUUAGCAUACCUUUGUUAUAAAUUAAAGUAAAAAAUAUGAUAAUGUUUGAAAUAAAAUAGCAUACACAAUAUGUACAAAAAUGUAAUUAACAGCAAUAAAACACCAAAAACACAGCCUUAUUAAACAUAUAUAAAAGCAUAGAAUUUUUACCUCGCAAAAAUAUGAUGCAAAUUUGAGAUACUGCAACAACUUUACACAGUAAAAUUAGAGUAUUUAUUAUAUAAACUUAGAAUAGAUAUUUUAGAUCUAGAGGAUAGAAUGUUUCGCUAGAGCAGAUUAUAUCUAUGUAUGUAUGAGUAUAUCAAUGUCUAAUACUUAGCGCCUGUCGCCUGCGAAUUACAAUAACCGAUCAUAGUUUUUCGAUAACAGAUUGAAAUCCAUACUAAUAUUAUAAAGCUAAAGAGUUUGUUUCCUUGAACUCAAGCCUUGAACGCGCUAAUCUCAGGAACUACUGGUCCGGUUUGAAAAUUCAUUCAGUGUUAGAUAUCAAGGACGGUUUUUUUUUAGCCAGAUUCGUGGGACGGGAUGCGGGUGAAACCGCUGGCAAAAGCUAGUUUAACAUAAUUUAUAUGAAACUAAUGUAAUAAAAUUCAAUCUCUAAUCGCAAAAUUACGAAUGGAUCACUUAUUGUAGUCCACAGUAGAACGACAUCGUGCCGAAGCAGUCGUGAAUCGUAUGUACAUGCUACAUCGCACGAAUUUGCUGUUAAACGUAAGCCCAACGCAUACUAAUAUAAUUUCGUGCAAAGGGCAUCUUACCAGUUUGCUGAUGGCUAAAAACGUUUUAUAUGGAACUGUGCAAAUACUGAGUAAAAAAUAUAGCAUUUUUAUAUGUAUCACUGUCGUUAAGUACGUCAUGAAAAACCGUUACUUUUUAAUAGUUUUUGAAUAUUGUUAUAGAGACCACAUGAGCCAACCCAGGUAUCAAAAUUACAUAAAUUAUGUAAAUUCUUCUGAGAACAUAGCUAAAGGAGGUAUUAUAGCUUUGUCAUUUGCCUACUUAUAAUUUUGGGUAUCGAUAGGUCAGGUUUUUUUGGUCCCGUACCCAGAGGGCAAAACAGGACCCUAUUAGUAAGACUUUGUUGUCCGUCUGUCACCAGGCUGUAUCUUAAGUGAUAGCUAGCUAUCACUAAGAUAAUGAAGUUGAAUUUUUCACCAAAAAUGAUGUGAUUUGUGUUGCAACAUAAUUGAAAACUAGUAGUAAAAUAACUAUUUUAAGGAGCUACCAAACAAAAAUGUGAUUUUUAAUGAUCUUGGUCCGGAACCCUUCGUUCGUGAGUGAGAAACAUACUUGCCUGGUUUUUUGUGUCAUUAUUAAUAUAAUUGCAAAAAAAAAAAAUAGGUUUAAUGUCAAGUUCGAGGCGUAAAAAACAUAGGAGAUCUCGUUUGUAUUUUUUUUCUUUUAUCGGAGUGAAAUCAUGUUUUUAGGUUUAUGUUGUUGUUAUUCUAACUAUUGUGUAAGUCUCUCGACACAAAGCGCUAGUUUAACACUUAAGUAUGUAUUACGUGAUAAAACAUUGUGACAAAAUUCACUGCAAAAAAAUGUAAUCUCGCUUAAUUUUGGUCACGUUUCAACGAGUUAUUAAUAUUUAUGGAAUUUUAUUAAAUUAUUAUAAUCUGAAAUGUAUGGAAAAUAGGUACAAACACGUACCAACGUUUGGACUGAAUUAAUUUAUUGAAAUAAUCAAAUCUAAACUCCGUUUGAGUAGGCAAAAAUAUCUGUAAUUGCGUAAACAAUCUUGAUUGACUUUCUAUAAAAAAAAAAACAGCUGUUUAAAAUAAUAAUUAAAUUGAUAAAGUAACUGCUAAUAUUU